GAUUAGCUCAGUUGCUCUAUUCUGAUUUCUGAACCAUUUUUUCCGUUGAUUUGAGGACUGAGGUCCUGUUUUGAAAAUUCAUCUAACUUGGCGGCUUUUCUUAUCCAGUUCAGCUUAAGGCAGUGGCGCCACAAAAUUAAGCAUGAGUGGUCUCACAACCAGCUUCGCCUCCAGAAUCUCCGCCGUAUGUUCGAUGCAGUUCCCAACACGCCGCCGCAGCAGCAGCAGUUGCGGCUUCCGCGGCGCACUCCCAACUUUCAUCCGACCAUCACGCAACCAAAAUCGUUAUCGAAGAAUCAUCUGCAUGGCGGAACCCUAUAUAAUUACAAAACUGGAAUCCGCUGAGAAGACGUGGAAAGAAUUAUCGGCCAAGCUGGCUGAUCCAGAUGUAGUCUCAAAUCCAAGUGAGUAUCAGAAGUUGGCCCAGUCUAUAUCAGAGCUUGAUGAGGUUGUGUUGGCAUACAGGAAUUUCAAGGAUUGUGAAAAACAAUUAGAAGAAACAAAAGCUUUGGCAAAGGACGAAGGUGGCGAUGAAGAUAUGGCUGAGAUGAUAGCAUCAGAACUUGAAACCUUAACCAAACAAAUAAAGGAGCUUGAGGAGAAGCUUAAGGUACUGCUGCUCCCUACUGACCCUCUUGAUUCAAGAAAUAUAAUGCUUGAAGUGAGGGCGGGUACAGGUGGUGAUGAGGCUGGAAUUUGGGCCGGUGAUCUUGUACGUAUGUAUCAAAAGUAUAGUGAACGUAACUCAUGGAAGCACACCCUAGUUUCGUGCUCGGAGGCUGAUAUGGGGGGUUUUAAGACAUGCGUCUUGGAGAUCAAAGGAAAACGUGUCUAUAGCAAAUUGAAGUAUGAAUCUGGUGUUCAUCGAGUUCAACGUGUUCCCCAAACAGAAACUCAAGGCCGUGUACACACUUCUACUGCAACAGUUGCUAUCAUGCCAGAGGCUGAUGAAGUUGAGGUGGAAAUUGAUCCAAAGGAUAUUGAGCUUACAACUGCACGCUCUGGUGGCGCUGGAGGGCAGAAUGUCAACAAGGUGGAGACCGCUAUUGAUCUUUUCCACAAACCAACAGGAAUCAGAAUCUUUUGUACUGAAGAAAGGACUCAGCUUAAAAAUAAGAAUCGAGCUUUCCAAUUACUCAGAGCAAAGCUGUAUGAAAUUAAAGUGAGGGAGCAGCAAGAGUUGAUUAGGAAUCAAAGAAAAUUGCAGGUGGGCACUGGUUCUCGUGCAGAAAAAAUUCGGACAUACAACUUCAAGGACAACAGGGUCACUGAUCACCGUCUAAAAAUGAAUUUUGAACUUACCUCCUUCCUUGAAGGUGACAUCGAUGCAGCUAUUCAGUCUUGCACUACUAUGGAGCAGAAGGAAUUACUGCAGGAGCUUGCAGAGUCUGUCGGAGCAAUGGCUUGAUUUCAGUCAUCCCGAUUUCUUACUAAAAUCGGGAUUUUUAGACUCCUCUCUUCUGCGACGUCUUCAUGUGUUUGUAACACAUACAGCAAGGAUUUGGGUGUAUAGUGGGCAACUUGUCUACUGGGCAAGUCAAAUAUGCCAACUUAAUUGGUAUAAUUCUCGGAAUCCAUUUGAAGAUUUGCACAAGUCAAUACUUAUCAUACGACUGGUAUUUGAUCACAGCGGUUUGACUCGUGGCGUUCAAAUGGAUCUGUUCCUUCAGUUAUUUUGCUUGUUUUCCAUAGUUAAGACUCAAGACUUGUCAAAUACGGAGUCUCAUGAAUCCUGGCUUACUUUUAACCAUGCCGGUUAUUUGUAGUUAUAUUAUUAAGGUAACCCACAUUCCGACACAUACUUGGAUCAUUUAUUGAAGCAUUUUUUUUUUUGAAAACGUUUAUUGAAGCA